CGCUGCAGAAUCCUGAGUGAGGAAGAAAAGCAAAGAGAGCAAGAGACGUCGUAAUCUAAUGGAAGAAGUUCACUCAGCGGCGGAACCUAUUGGAUACUCCGAUUCUCCAUUUACCAUAUCCCAGCCGCCAGAUAUUACGAAUUGGUUUUCAAGUUACGUCUAUGAAUCUCUUGCACUGACUUCUUCAGGCAAGGACGACGGUGAAAGCGAACCGAACAGGUUUUCUGUUAGAGAGGAAGAUAAAUACAUUCUUGGUGCGGACAAAGAUCAUAAACCUAUGAACAAGAAUGUGGGUCAGAUUCAAGAGACAAAUCUCUAUGAGUCACCACUCCCUUCUGAACCUCCUGAUAUAGGCAAUUGGUUUUCUAGUUAUGCUUAUGAAUCACCGCCCGUCCUGGAUACAAAUGAUGCUCUUUACUUUUCGGUUGGUGGAGAAGAUAGUGAAUGUGUACAGGAGACGCAAGCAGAAGAAGAAGAAGAAGAAGAAGAAGAAGAAGAAGAAGAGACUAACGACAUUGAAGGAAAAGAUGAUGUUUGUCCUAGUUUGUUUGAGCAACAACUCGUCUCUUCUUCUGCAAAGGUUACAGAUUUCUCUCAGUCUCAGCAUCUUCUUUCAGAGCCUCCUGAUGUUGGAAACUGGUUUUCAAGCUAUGAGUAUCAAUCUCCUCACCUUUCAGACACUCAUGAACUUGAAUUUUGUUCUUCUGAGAAAGAUGAUCAACUAAUUGUUGAGGAGAGUGACACUGAGGGAGAAAAUAGUUCUGGUAUUUUCCGAAAAACUAAGAGCAAGCAAGAGACUAUUGCUCCUGGCUGGUUAAAAUCAAAUGACUGCACGGAGGCCAAGGAGGUCUCUGCAGAUGAUGAAUAUUCAAACCAAGAAAGGGAAAAGAAGUCAACGGUUAUAUUGUUCAAUGCUUCAACCAAAAAAGUGGACAAAGAUUCAAGCUUCAAGCAAGAACCAUUGUUCAGUGAAACGAAAGAAGAAGCAAACUUUAUCCCCAAAGGCUACAACCCAAAACCACAAUCAUUAGCUUAUUUAGAGGAGCUGAGACCAAAACAUAUCCAAGAAACCAUUUCCAACAGGCAAAUGUCUCCAAGAAAAGCUGCUCAAAAGGCUCGUCCAGAAGAAAAUAUGGAGUCAGUAAACCAAGAAUCAGAUGACAAGGAAAAUGUUGACGGAAAAAGCACUGAAACUGGAUUUAUAACUAUGAAGAAGGCAAGAUUUAGAGAAUCAAGAGACCAAAGUUCCAUGAAGAAACCAAUCAGAGGAGUUCUGGGGGAGUGCUUGAGAAGUAAAGAGCUAAAGAAGAUGGCCACAGAAGAAGAUGAAGAAAGAAAGAAGAAGAGAAGAGUUUUGGGUGGAAUGUGGAAUCAUCAGCUUUCUGGGGGAGAGGAGACUGCAGGAAAAUGGAGUUGCCCUCAGAAAAAGAAAGGGAAAUCAGGACCGCCAUUGAAACAGCUUCGACUUGAUGCGUGGAUGCAUAAAGUCUGAGUCUUUGAGGAGGAGGCUUCACCAACAAACAAUGUACUAUAACACUACUAGAUGAUAA